CAGGCGAAUGUCGUAACUCUUAAACCCUAUGGUUUUCUAUAAUCUAGAAUUCUAGAACAAAUACCAAAUUGUAAAAUAUAUAAAGUUGAAAAUACUUCUAUAUUUUAAUGUUCUUGUCGUUUACGGUCUAUCUACUUUGUUUUACUGUUUCAAUUUUGUUUUCAUAGAUAUCGGCUUAUCGUUCCAAAUUCAGCGUUUGUUACUUGGAUUCGAUCAUAUUUACACAUUCUCACUACAAUAUUCUUAGUGCUUACUAUUUUCAAUUUUGAUCUUAUUCUGUCAAGUGAAUAAAGUGUAAUUUUCAUUUUUAUUUCCAUUAACUUUGUUUUGGUUAGACCUCGUACCUAACAAUCAACUGAUUGAUAAAUUAUUGUAUUGUGUAGGUAGUAGAUAGUCAUUAUAUUAUUUUUCAAUAGUUUCAAAUUAACCAUGAUGAACGGAAGUGUUGGGUUGCAACAACAACCAUUUAUUAACACACUGACAACAGCCAAUUCCAAUAACUAUCAACCUGCAUCCGUGUCUGCACCAGUCAUGUCAAAUGGUACAGAAGAAGAACCAGAAGCUAAAAUACCAAAACACGAAGUGAAUGGAAAUGCAUCAUUCACUACUGCACCAUAUGAUUUCAAUCAAAUUGGAACCUUAAUCUCAGGUCCUGGUUCAAGGCUUGGUAUUUUAGGUGCUCUUGCUGCUCCUUUAAUUAAAUUGAGUGCAGAACAGAAUGAAGCUGUCGCUAAAGCAAAAAAAUAUGCUAUGGAACAAAGUAUUAAAAUGGUAUUAAUGAAACAAACACUAGCCCAUCAACAACAACAAGCCAAGUCAUUCCAUCGUCACCAAGCUUUAAUAUUAAUGUGCAGAGUAUAUGUUGGAAGUAUUAGUUUUGAACUUAAAGAAGAUUCAAUUAAACAAGCAUUUUCACCAUUUGGUUGUAUUAAAUCAAUUAACAUGUCUUGGGAUCCAAUUACUCAAAAGCACAAAGGUUUUGCAUUUGUAGAAUAUGAAAUACCAGAAGCUGCUCAGCUUGCACUCGAGCAAAUGAAUGGAGUAAUGCUUGGAGGUCGAAAUAUUAAAGUUGUUGGGCGUCCUAGCAAUAUGCCACAAGCACAAUCUGUCAUUGAUGAAAUUCAGGAAGAAGCUAAACAAUAUAACCGUAUUUAUGUAGCAUCUAUACAUCCAGACUUAACAGAAGAUGACAUAAAAAGUGUAUUUGAAGCAUUUGGCCCAAUUAGGACGUGUAAACUUGCCCAAGGUAGUACACCAAAUAGACAUCGUGGCUAUGGUUUCAUCGAAUACGAAGGUCGUCAAGCAGCCAUUGAAGCAAUAUCUUCAAUGAAUCUUUUUGACCUUGGAGGCCAGUAUUUAAGAGUUGGACGUGCCAUUACUCCUCCGAAUGCUCUUCAUGGUCCUUCAGCUUCAAGUCAUAUGCCAACAGCUGCUGCUGUUGCAGCUGCAGCAGCUACAGCAAAAAUUCAAGCAAUGGAUGCGGUUGCUACUAAUGCUGUUUUAGGUUUAAGUAAAUUAAGUUCUCAAUUAGGUGCUCAAACAGCUGUUUUACCUGGUUUACAACAAUUACCUACUACAUUAGGUAUAACUCCUGCUGUUCCAGCUGCUACUAUACCACCACCAGGAAUUGCUAUACCACAACAAAUAAGAACUCCAGUACCAAUAAUUCCUGGAACUGCAGCAUUGAGUCCAGUUAUUCAACAAGCUAUUCCUCCACCAACACUUAUAAAUCCUACACAAUUGGCUGCCCCUGUAAUUCCAACAGUAACAGCAGAUGCACUAAAACGAGCUGAUCAACAAAAAAAACAAGAAGAAUUACAAAAAAAAUUAUUAGAAGAAACUGAACCUCAAACAUUACAACAACAAGAAAAUAUGUCUAUUAAAGGGCAAAGUGCUAGACAUCUUGUUAUGCAAAAAUUAAUGAGGAAAACUGAGAGUAGAGUUGUUAUACUCAGAAACAUGGUUGGUGUAGAAGAUGUAGAUGACAGUUUACAAGAAGAAAUUCAAGAUGAAUGUAGCAAGUUUGGUGUUGUUGAACGUGUUAUUAUUUAUAAAGAAAAGCAAUCAGAUAGUGUAGAUGAUGAUUCCGAUACAAUUGUAAAGAUUUUUGUGGAGUUUACACAGAUGUCUGAGGCCGAACAAGCUCGAGACUCCCUGAAUGGUCGAUUCUUUGGCGGACGUUUAGUUAAAGCUGAACUAUAUGAUCAAGCGUUAUUUGACCAUAGUGACUUUUCUGGUUGAAUCAGUUGAAAUGUCUAUUAUUUUACUUUACUAUUUAGUUAUUUUAAUAUUAACACAUUAUAUAUUAUGUAACUAAUUAUUU